AUGAGGAAUUUUUAUUGGGCUUCAGCUAAAAAGAGGGAGCAUGUGGGUGAUGGCAACCUCGCUUUAGAGAUUAAAAUGAUGAUGGGAUUUGGUAAUGCUUUGAAAUUCUUAGGAAUACUAUUUGCAUUGUAUCUAUUGAUAUUAGCAAUUAGUUCAUAUUCAUAUGUUACUCGUCAUCCAUGUGUCGACUCCCCUAAUAUUAUGGCUGAAAGAGAUAUAAACGCAACAACAACAGUAUUGGUAUGGGAAUAUGAAGCUCAUUGGGCUGGUUGGGGAAGACCCCCAGGUGAGGUACCAUGGGCCGGUUAUUCAGUUGACAAACCAUACAACGAAUCUAAAUGUAUCUUUACGACCGAUCAAGAAAAGUAUAAUCAAUCCGAUGUUGUUAUCUUUGAAUCACAACCAUUUGGAAGACGUGGAUCACACUAUCCACCUAAAAAACAAUGUGGACAAAAAUAUAUGUUAUUUACAAUGGAAACUGCUGUCUACUUUCCCAUUCAAAACAGGAAAAGUUAUUUAUCACAUUUGGAUUGGAAAAUGACAAAUGAGAGAAACUCAAAUGUACCUGUUACAUUUGUGUGUGAUUGGGGUACUGGAAAAGGAAUAGAAGGGUAUAGAGCAAUGCCACAAGUACCAUUUAAAGAACAACAUUUUGCAGUGUUUGUGGCGAGUAAUUGCAAACGUGGUGGAGCAGAUGAUCGAACGGCCUAUGUGGAAGAGUUGAUGAAAUACAUCCCGGUCGAUUCAUUUGGCCUAUGUCUUCAGAACCAACCCAAAGACGCACUCAACAGAAACACGGUACGCGAUCGGUACCAAGCAAAGAUGGAAUUGUUCAAGAAAUACAAAUUCAUUCUUGCCUUUGAAAACAACAACGUUACAGACUAUGUCAGCGAGAAACUUUAUCAUGCAUAUAUAGCUGGAUCAUUGCCCGUGUAUAUGGGUGCCCCAAAUGUCGAUGAAUGGGAACCUGGAAACAACACAAUGAUUCGAACCGAUCGAUUCCAAUCCCCAAAACAAUUGGCAAACUUUUUAAAACUUGUUGCAUCAAAUGAAGACAUGUAUAAAGAAUAUUUCAAAUGGAAAACAGAACCAUUUAAACCAAACUUUCCAGUUCUCUAUGAUCAUUGUGUAUUUUUAGCAGAGCAUAGAUUAUGUGACUAUGUCACCAAAGAAAGACAACGAGCCAAACAAUCAGAUUACAUUGUCUAUGACCACACCUCAUUGGCAACAACUGGCUACGUCAUGCCAAUGUUUGAACAAUACAAAUUCAAUCCAAACUUUGUAAUUGUUCAGAUGGUAUCUGUCAUUUUGAUUAUCAUUUCACUACUGUUGUAUAUUAUAUUAGAGGUAUUUGGUUUUAAAAACGCAUUGAUUGGAUUCUUUAAAAACUAUUCACAUCUAAGGAAUAGAUUCUCAAGAUUUAAAUAUCAACCUGCUCCUACCUCAUCUCCUCCUACCUCUACAUCAUCAUCAUCAUCACCUCCAACCUCUUCAUCAAUAACUCCUAAAUCCAGAUCACCAAAAUUGAAUUCUACUAAUCGUAAUAAUAAUAAUAAUAAUAAUAAUAAUAAUAAUAAUAAUAAUAAUAAUAAUAAUACUAAUAAUGAAAAUAUCAACUAUGACGACGUGCAAAACGAAUUUGAUGAAAAAAAAACAAAAAUUAAGACUCUCAUACGCCACCGCUUCCAACAAGACCAAGGUGUAAGUAUAAGAGAAAAGAGAAAUAGAGCAGCAAGCAGAUACGGUCACAAGUUGGUAUACCACUACCUCACCAAGAAGGGUGUAGUCCCAAAGUGCGGUGACUGCGGAAAGGAUCUCCAAGGUAUCAAGGCCACCAAGCCACAUGAAAGAAAGCACCUUUCCAAGUGUGCCCGUACCGUUGCUCGUGCCUACGGUGGUGUCAGAUGCGCUACCUGUGUCCGUGUCAGAAUCACCCGUGCCUUCUUGAUUGAAGAACAAAAGACUGCCAAGCUCGUCUACAAGAAGCAACUCUCCGAAAAGCCAAAGGAAGUUAAGAAGGUUGCUGCUCCAGCCAAGAAGUCAACCAAGUCUGUUUGGCUCUAUUCUGUUCAACUUGUUUAUGAUUUGUCAUCAAGGGAAUAA